AUGGAAACUGCAGAUCUCGUGGAUCGGAGUAAAAUUGUGGUGCUUGUAACUGGCGCAUCUGGCUAUGUGGCGCUGCACUGUGUAAAGCAGCUGCUAGAGGCUGGUUAUUCAGUUAGAGGCACUGUGAGGAGUAAGAAGAAUGAACAAAAGAUCCGACCCUUGUUAGUGCUCCCAAAUGCAGCGUUGAGGCUCGAGUUGGUGGAAGCCGAUUUGCUGAAACCAGAUGGAUGGGAUAGCAUCGUUGAUGGCUGUACAUAUGUCCUGCACGUGGCCUCUCCAUGGCCAAUUGUAGCUGAUGAAACGACCGUGCUCACAGCCGUUAAGGGAACGCAAUGUGUACUCCAAGCGGCCGCUCGAACGAGAUCCGUCAAGAAAGUCGUUUUGACGAGCAGCUGUUCGGCUAUCAAUGAUGGCCACAGAAAUGACGAGCGAAUUUUUGAUGAGACUUGCUGGGCGAACCUCGAGAGCCCAAAAGUCGAAUACUACGCGAGAUCGAAGACUCUAGCUGAGCGAUCGGCUUGGGAAUUUUGGGAAAAAUUGGAUAAAGAUACCCGUUUCCAAUUGACGGUCCUCAAUCCGACUUUCAUCACUGGACCCGUGCUUUCCGAUGUCGAGAAUGGAAGUUGCACGAUAAUCGGUCGAAUCAUGCACCUCAAGACAUUCCUGGCGUGUCCAAAGGCUUGUCUCGGUCUCGUCGACGUGAGAGAUGUCGCGAAGGCGCACAUUUUGGCGAUGACAAAUUCGGCAACCGAUGGAGAACGAAUUCUUAUUCACGCCGAGUCCGGUUGGUUCUCCGACAUUGCUAAGUGGUUGUUCACAGAGUUCAGGAAUAAAGGCUAUCCAAUCACAAUUUUCACGGCACCAAAUUGGGUAUUAAAGCUUUACGCAAAGUUGGGAAUCGAUCCGAUUGUUGAGGCGGUUUUGCCGAGAGUUGGCCCGGAAUUAAGAUUUGACAACACGAAGUCAAAAACCCUCCUCGAAAUGUCCUACAUCGAUCCGCAUCAAUCUGUAAUUUCAAUGAUCUACUCAAUGAUUGAGCAUAAAAUGGUGAAAACGACAAGAAAGCUCGCGAAAAUUCAACGGAAACAAGCGAAAAAACAACGAGAAAAUCCUGAUUUUAACGAAAACUUUGUCUCGACUCAAAGU